AGCUACCUUAGCAUCCCACCCCACCCUCUCACCUCACCCACCCCCCUUAGUCCUCACACUCGCUCGCUUCCAAAGAUCGCCGUGGGCACACACCUGUACUCUGCACUCCGCGCGUGUGUCCUUGUCCCUCCAUCCAUCCAACCACAUCCACCUUCCUUUUGGUAUAUCCUCUCCCUCCCCCAGCUUGCAUCGCAUCCCCUCCACUCGACAAUCCCCAUCGACGACGAGGACUGUGCAGGCAAUCUCAUCAGUUGUGACAUCACCGCCAUCACAACUUCCGCGCCAGUCAGUCUUAGGCUGGAUCGCUCCUCCUCCCCCACUCCCCCGGCCGCCUCAUCUCACCUCGGUCGGCCUCUAAACGGCUGGAACGCACCGCAUCCACUUGUGCGGUACAUCUCGCCGCCGCCAUGGCCAGUGAGCCAAAGGUAACCGACUAUGCCCAAUCCAAUGGAGCUGGAGCGGGCAAUGUCAACCCCAAUAACGCCAACCCAUCGGCGAUUCCGUCCAAGGACAAGGCUGCCAUCGCCAACGCUGUAGCCAGCGAUGCCGCCCAGGGCCAGCCCGUCCAUGUCUUCAACCCCGACGCAGCUCCCGAGGAGAAGGCCGCAGCCGCCAAGAAAGGCGGCUUCAUCGGAAGCGCAGCCAAGGGUGUCUUUGGCGCUCCCAAGGCCCUCGGCAAGGGUGUUGUCAACGUUGGCCAGGGCGUCACCAAAGGUGUCGUCAACGUCGGCAAGGAAGGCGUCGGCGCCGUUGGCAACGUUGGCAAGGGUGUUGUUGAUGUGACCGGCAAGGUUGCCAAGGGCGCCGUUGACGUAACCGGUUCCGUCGCUGGCGGCGUUAUUGAUGUCGGCACUGGUGUUGUCGGCGCUGGUGUUGGCGCCAUUGGCGCGGGUGCCAGCGGUGUCAAGAACAUUGUCGGCAACGUCCCUGGCAUGGGCGCCCUCAAGGACGACAAGGCCAACACGGCGCGUGCUGUUGGCAUCGACACCUCGUCCGCUGGAGCUCCGGUUCCUACGGUCACGAUCGAGGACGCUGAGAAGACCACGGUCGCCGCGGCGAAGCCCCCAACCGAGGCCGACAUCCCCGGCACGAUCCCCAUGACUGUCCUUCCAGGAGUCCCUGACUGGAUGCCCAUCGGCUGGAAGCAGGUCGCUGGCAUUGAGGGCCGAGGCGUUCCCGACGCCAAGACGGCUGAGCAGCUCGACAUCCUGUCCAACUUCCUGAGCGACCAGUACUACGGACAGUGGUACCACAAUGCUGGUGUUAUUGUUUUCGCUGUCGUUGCGACGCGCCUCAUCACCGCCCUUCGCUUGAGUUGGGCCUGGGUGGCCAUUAUUCUGGCUAUUUGCGCGACCUUCUACACCAUCUCCAUUAAGCGCACUCGCGUUCGUGCCCGCGACGACAUUCAGCGUGAGCUCGUCAAGACCCGUCUCAUCACCGAGACUGAGAGCGCCGACUGGCUCAACGGCUUCCUCGACCGUUUCUGGUUGAUCUACGAGCCUGUCCUCUCUGCCACCAUUGUUGGAUCGGUCGAUGCCGCCCUUGUUGCGAGCACUCCCGGCUUCCUUGACAGCAUCCGCCUCACAACCUUCACUCUUGGUAACAAGGCUCCUCGCAUCGACUACGUCCGUACGUUCCCCAAGACGCCCGACGAUGUUGUCGUGAUGGACUGGGCUCUCUCCUUCACGCCCAACGACAUUCAGGACAUCACUCCUCGCCAGGCCGCCAAGCGCAUCAACCCCAAGAUUGUCCUCACCGUUCGUGUCGGCAAGGGUGUUGUGUCGGCUGGUAUGCCCAUCAUGGUGGAGGACAUCAACUUCUCGGGCAAGAUGCGUAUCAAGCUCCAGCUCAUGACUGCUUUCCCCCAUGUCCAGCGCGUCGAGAUGAGCUUCCUUGAGGAGCCCAUGUUCGACUUCGUUCUCAAGCCCAUCGGUGGUGAGACGUUCGGCUUCGACAUUGCCAGCAUGCCCGGUCUCGCUCCUUUUAUCCGCUCGCAGGUCCACGGUGCUCUCCGCCCUAUGAUGUACGACCCCAACGUCUUCACUCUCGACCUCGAGCAGAUGCUUGCCGGUGCGCCACUGGACGCUGCCUCAGGUGUCGUCAAGGUCACGAUUCUCGACGGAAAGGGCUUCACCGCUUCCAAGCUUGGUGGAGGCGCCCCGGACCCGUAUGUCAGCGUUGCCCUUGGUGCUAAGCCUCCUGUGGCUCGCACCAAGAUUGUCAACUCUACCACGACCCCGACUUUCAAUGAGACCCAGUUCAUCCUGAUCCAGUCGCUCAACGAUAUCCUCAACUUCAACGUCUUCGACUACAACGAGCACCGUCCCGACUCUCUUCUUGGCACCGCUUCGCAGGAGCUCAAGGUCCUGGGCGAGGACGCCGAGCAGGAGGGAAUUGUGGGCCACGUGCUCGCCGGCGGCAAGGAGAAGGGUCAGCUCCGCUACGACCUGUCCUACUUCCCCGUCUUGCAGCCCACCAAGAGGCCUGAUGGCACCUUUGACCCUCCCCCCGAGAGCAACACCGGCAUUGCGCGUAUCACUGUCCACGGAGCCAAGGACUUUGACAAGAGCGGCGACAUCAACUCGGUUGCCCAGGUCUACCUUGGUAACAGCAAGACUGCUGUUCUUACCACGGAUACCGCCAAGAAGACCAACAACCCUGCUUGGGAGGCUCACACUGAGUUCCUCGUGUCGGACAAGAACGCUAGCGUCAUCACCGUCAAUGUCUCGGACAGCAAGACUCAGUCCAACCUGGGCCGUGUCUCUGUCAAGCUGAUGGAUAUCAUUGCCAGCAAGGAGAAGGGCAACGAUUGGUUCCCCCUCGCGGGCACCAGAGCCGGCAAGAUUCGUCUCUCGGCCGACUUCCGCCCCGUGGCUAUGGCUGGUGCUAUCGACAGCGCCGCAGCGUACACUGCCCCGAUCGGUAUCCUCCGCCUGUGGAUCAAGAACGCUCAGGAUGUGAAGAACGUCGAGCUUGGCGGCAAGAGUGACCCAUACGUCCGGGUCCAGACCAACAACAAGACCCUUGCUCGUACAGAGGUGCAGAACAACAACCUCAACCCUGAGUGGGACCAGAUUGUCUAUGUGCCUGUUCACAGCCUCCGCCAGCGCUUCUCCCUCGAGCUCAUGGACUACGAGAAUGUCGGCAAGGACCGCAGCCUCGGUUACGUCGAGCUCAAUGUCGCCGACUGCGCAGAGCCCAACCCUGAGGACCAGGAGUGGCCCUACAAGUCGACUGGCCAUCUUACUCGCUCUGACAAGAUCUUCUUGGGCAAAGCCAACCAGUACAAGGGAACUCUCAACUACGAAGUUGACUUCAAGCCCGCCAUCUCCCUCCGUGGCGGUGUCUCGUUUGAUGCCAAGAAGAACGAGGUCGAGGUCGCUGCCGAGCAGAAGAAGGCCAAGGAGGCCGCCAACGGCGCUGCUUCUGCCAAGGCCGCUGCUCCCGCCAAUGGCGCCGCCCCUGCUGCCGGCGCUGCCCCCGCCAACGGUGCCGCACCUGCUGCUGGCGCUGUUGCUGGCGCUGUUGCCGGCGCUGUGGCUGGCGCUGCUGCCGGCGCGGUUGCCGGCGCCACUGGAACGACGCCGCCUUCCGCUGGCGCUGUUGCACCUUCCGCUGGCGCCGUUGCACCGGCUCCAUCCAAGAGCGACCCAGCUCCCACUGCCACCGAACCCGUCGCUCCCGCAGCCAAGGACGUGGCCAAGGCAGCUGAGGACCCGACCAAGGCCAAUGCCCCUGCCACCAAGGCAGGCGACGCCAAGGCGGGCGAGGAGCAAACCGCCGCCGACGACCCCGAAGUCGGCGUUGAGUUGACCACGCAGCAGCUCCUGACGUACCAGUCUGGUAUCAUCGUCUUCCAGGUCAUCGGUGGCAACUUAGCCCGCAAGGGUGCUCUCGAGAUCAUGCUCGACGAUGGCUACUGGCCUGUGUACACGUCCGACAAGGCCCGCAGCACCCGCGCUGCUUGGGACCAGGUUGGCGAGGGCUUUGUUCGUGAACUCGACUUUGGCCGUGUUUGGCUUCGCAUCAACGCCAACGACCCCGACCAGAAGGAGGACGUUGUCGGCGAGGUCCAGAUGGAGACAAAGGAGUUCCUGGAGACUGCUCUUAACGACAAGGCCGAGUUUAUUCUCACCGGCGCCGAUGGCUCGCGUUCUUCCGUCAUGUUGAGCGCCCGCUACCUCCCGGUGAACAUUAAGCUGGAGCCUCGCGAGUCGAUCAACGACCAGGGCCUCCUGAAGGUCACUGUUGUUGGCGGCAAGAACCUCGCUGCUGCCGACCGCAGCGGCAAGUCUGACCCCAACAUCACCUUCCUGCUCAACGGCCUCAAGGUCUUCAAGUCGCAGACGGUGAAGAAGACGCUCAACCCUGUGUGGAAUGAGUCGUUCGACACGGUUGUCCCGUCCCGCGUUCGCGCCAAGUUCCAGUAUGAGGUCGCCGACUGGAACCAGGUUGGAAGCUCAGAGCCUCUUGGCAACGGUCUUGUGGACCUUGCCCAGCUUGAGCCGUUCGAGCUCCUCCCUCUUGACCUUCCUGUGAUUCUCAACGGAAAGCCUGCCGGUACCAUUCAGCUCAAGCUCCUCUUCACGCCGCAGAUCAUUGCUCGCACGAGAGGCAAGACAAGCACGUUCUCGAGCGCUGGAAGAACCGUUACCAACAUUGGCGGUGCCGCCCUCGGUGCCCCUGUGGCUGUCGGAAAGGGCGUCCUCCAGGGUGUCGGAGCUGUUGGCGGUGGUGUCGUCGCCGGAGGUGGUGCCGUUGUUUCAGGUGUCGGUCACGGUGUCGGUGCUAUUAUCCACGCUCCCGGCAAGCUCUUUGGCAGAAAGAAGGGCACCGAUGUCCAGGCCAAUGUGGCGCCCACUUCACUGGCCGAUGAGAACCCAACCAUGUCGGGCUACCAGGUCCCUCAGCAAAACCAGCGCUCGACGGCCACUGCCGGCCAAGUCUCGGCUCCCGCCGGCGUGAUCGACCAGGGCCUUCCUGGCUCUGAUGCCACUACUCUUCCCGCCGGCGAGGGACAGGCUCCGACCGAGCCUGGCAUGCUUACUGUCGCCGUCCUCAGUGCCAAGGACAUUAAGCCUGCUGGUUCUCACAGCGCCUCGUCGCUCAAGCCAUACGUCCAGCUCAAGGUUGGCUCCAAGUCGUACAAGACGGACAACCAGAAGGGCACCGACGUCGAGUUCAACGAGACGUUCAACUUCAACAUUAAUCCUGGCACCAACACGUUUAGCCUCGCCGUCUUUGACAAGCACUCGCUCGGCAAGGACGUCGAGCUCGGCAACGGCGAGGUUGAGAUCUGGCGCCACGUUCAGCCUGCUAUCCCCACUGCCGACGUGCUCGUCGAGCUCAAGGACGGUGGUGGUCUGGUCAAGCUCCGCCUCGACUGGCAGGCCUCGGUUGGAUCCAAGGGUGGGCUUGCGCGCAACCGCAGCCGGACGCCCAGUGUCAGCUCCAAAAACGGCGAGCUUGGCACCCCCCGCACUGGCAGAUUCGCCCUGACGCCCAAGAAGGAGCCUAGCAGUUAAUUGAACAAGUAGCCAUACCCCCCCAAACCUUUCGGAAUCCCCUAUUUGGUAGAAGUAAACGAUACGCCUAGUGACGCGAUGCAAACAUGAUCACCUGUUGCUAAAGAAGA